AUGCCUCAGGGACUCUGGAGGGUUGUAAAAAGAGCAUUGUGUGAUAUCACUGGACAGGAUGUGAUAGGUACUGAGAAAGAGUUGAGAACAUUCCUGGACAGAGAGCAUCUGAAUUUUGAAUGUGGCUCAUUUGAAACUUCUGGAAAUAAAUCAGUGACAUUUGUAAGAAUCACAAGUGUUCGUGAAGUAUUACCUGCCCUGAUUCACAGUUUUCAGUCAGAAGGCCAACUUUCAUGCCUAACCAAUAUUCAGAACAAUCAUCUUGUGGCAUUGAUAGCAGGUGAUAAAGGCAGUGCACAUACUAAAUUGGUUAUUACAGUACUGAAUGCAGCAAACCCCCACAGCAGCAAAAGGUGCAAGUUGCUAGCAAUAUUUGAAGGAGACAAAGACAGAUAUGAAUGCAUUGAAAAGGUGAGUAAAAAAUGUAUUUAUUUGGACAUUGUAUUAGGAAUUAUGAAUGGUAAAAUUACAGACCAAAAUUGCAUGAAAUUAAAAAUUAUGACAUUCUAUUUCCAGUGGUGCCGGGGGGGGGGCCCCCUAUUGUUUAGACCUGUUGGAAAAUUGGUAAUGUUGUUGGAAUCUUUGUGGUCAAACAUACCUGCAUAUACGCUGAGGGCCGCCAAGUGCUAGUUCAAAAUUGCUACAAUCGAUAGGGGGGAGGGGGGGAGAGGGAAGGGGAAGAAAAAGGGGUAAAUUAAAAUUUUGCCCUCCUCCCCUAAAACAUGGUGCAAGCUCAUGCUUCUAUAUGUUUUUUGCCCUGUAGCCAUUAGCUGUUACCUUCAUGCUCACCCGACAUGUUUGUCAAUUUAUAGCUACAGUAAUUUUAUGAAUGAAUCUCUAGUUAUUUCGAAUUGUGUACUAAAAUAUACAAACCAUGCCAAAAGGUGUGAUUAAAAAUCUCACAAAUGUAUGGCAGUUUUAUAUCGGAAAGGAUCAGCUUAUCAGUUAUGCAUCUCCAUCUGGCACUUGGACUAGGACUGCAAAUUGUGAUUUUGUGUGAACAAGCUGCAACCAACCUUGAUGUUGACAUCCGCAAAGCAAAAGGACAAACCAGUAAGCCAGUCACUGAGAAAUACCAACUUGCUGCUGAGCUGGCAAAUGAAAAGUUUCAGAUUGAAAAAAAUGUAGAUUGCAGACAUGUGGGAGCAAAUCAUUGACGUGAGAAAGGAGGAUCCUGACUUCCAUCAGCGAGCCGAAGGACAGCUAGUUGACCGCUCCAAAGAAGCAGUUGAAGGAAGAAAACAUCUUCAUCAGUUGAAGAAUUCAAAGAAUGAAAUGGAGAAGGAACUGAACUGA